GCGAGCGGGCUUUUGGCGCGAACGCCUGAAACAAGGUCGGCGGAAGCGAAGCGGCUGGGAUGGGCGCCUUGUCAGGAAGAAGUCGGAGAGUCGGGUUUCUGAUUUAAGUGUGGACGAGGUUUUUGUCAGCCCACUGUGGCCAAAAAGAGCUGCGCCUCAGGAGGCGAUUGGAGUGACAGCGUAGAUAAAAAUGUCUGUUGGAUGCAAAGAGAAGCCAAUUUUUUAUGAAAUUUUUAAGACGCGUUGCAGUGAAGCAGAUUUAGGACCAAUAAGUCUUAACUGGUUUGAAGAACUUUCUUCAGAAGCUCCUUCCUAUAAUUCUCAACCUGUAGAAGAAUCUGAAUAUAAAAUCAGCGGUUAUGAACCAAGCCUAUUUAAAACACCACAAAGGAAACCUUAUCAGUUGGCUUCAACUCCAAUCAUAUUCAAAGAACAAGGUCUAAAUCUGCCACUAUACCACUCUCCUUCAAAAGAAUUAGAUAAAUACAGAUUAGACUUGGGAAAGGAUAUUACCAAUAGCAAGCGUAAAAGUUAUCACACAAUGAAGGCCAAAACGGAACAAGCUAAUGAAGUUACCAGUCCAGCUCUAAAUUCUUGUCUUAGUGAAAGUCCUGAUGUUCUGCAGUGUACACAUGUAACACCACUCAGAGAAAAGUCAGUGUUAUGUGGAAGUUUAUUUCAUACACCAAAGCUAAUGAAGGGUCAAACAAUAAAACGUAUUUCUGAAAGUCUAGGAGCUGAGGUGGAUCCUGAUAUGUCUUGGUCAAGUUCUUUAGCCACACCACCAACCCUUACCUCUACUGUGCUUAUAGCCAGAGAUGAGGAAGGAUCUGCAACUGUGUUUCCUAGUGAUGCUACUGCUAUUUUGAAAAGCUAUUUUUCUAACCAUGAUGAAAGUCUGAAGAAAAAUGAUAGGAUUAUUGCUUCUGGGCCAGAUAAUGAAAAUAAAAUUCAAAGAGAAUCUAAAAGUCAUGGAUUGGGGGAAAUAUUAGAGAAUUCAUUUGGAAAAUUAAAUAGCUGCAAAGACCAUUUUGAAAAAUCAGCACCAAAUGUUCUAGAAGAUGAAAUACAUGAAAUAGUUACAGAUGUUUCUGAAGAAGAUAGUUUUUUAUUAUGUAUUUCUAAAUAUAAGACAAGAAAUCUACAAAAAUUAAAAACUGGCAAGACUAGGAAAAAUAUUUUUAAUGAAACAAAAACUGAUGAAUGUGAAAAAGCUAAACAGCCAAUAAAAGAAAAUAAACACUCACUUAUGCCUGAAGGAAAACCGAAUGACAGUUUUCCAUUAGAUUCAAAUGUAACAAACCAGAAGCCUUUUGGGAAUGGAAGUGGCCAUAUGCCUAAGGAAGAAGUAACAUCUUCAGCCUCUAAACAGUCUCAGCUAACCCUCUCAGGUCUAAAUGGAACCCAAAUGAAGAAAAUACACCUACCAUGUAUUUCUACUAGUGACCGCAAUAAUUCAGAAAAAGAGCUCAUAGGCACAGAAAGGGAAUGUAUCAAUUUUAUUACUUUAGAAAAGUCUUUGCCACAUAUAUCAAAUCUGCCAAAAACAGAAGAGAUAGUAAGUAAGGAAACAGUGGUAAGUAAGAGAAAUGGAGGACAGUGUCUUGAGUCUCAUGAAGAUUCCAUUCCUGUGGUAAAGCAAACAAUAUCUGAAACUUCUCUAAUAAUUUCUCCACCUCAGGAUAUCAAAAAGCCUAUAUUCAAGGUAAGAAAGUCACCUGAAGAGACAUUCAGUGCAGUUUUCUCAAGUAAUAUGACUGAUCCAAACUUUAAAGAAGAUCCUGAAGCCUCUGAAAGUGAAUUAGAAAUACAUACUAUUUGCUCACAGAAAGAAGAUUCAUUAUGUUUAAAUUCAGUGGAUAACAGUAACUGGCCAACCACUAUCAAACAUACUUCUGUGGCUGUGAAGAAUGCAGGUUUAAUAUCCACUUUGAAAAAGAAAACCAAAAAGUUUAUUUAUGCUAUAAGUAAUGAAACAUCUAAUCAAGGAGAAAAAGUUUGGGAAGACCAAGAUUCAGAACUCACUGACUGUUCAACCCAAUUCGAAGCAAACCCUCCUGAAGCCCCAAUUAUAUUUACGAAUGCUAAUUCAGGUUCAUUGCAUUAUUCCAUCAAAAAAAACAGUUUACAGACUAAUUCUGAAGAACCAAAGUGGUCCUUAACCAGUUCUUUGGGGACAAAUCUGAGAAAAUGCUCCAAUAAUGAAAGCAUUUCGCCUAAUAAAAUAUUUCAAGAACUUGAUUAUAAAGAUCUAAAAAUUAAUAAGGAAAAAUCACAGUCAUUUAUAACUACAGAAACUAAUUGUCUUUCAAGCUUUCUGGAAAGACAUUAUGAAGAUGAUCCAAAAUGCCAAAGAAUUUCAGAUGUAAAAGAAAAGGUCUUGCCUGCAGCUUGUCACCAUGAAAAUCCAUAUCCAGAAGUGGAAUGUAGUAAUAUUCACUUUCAACCCCAGGAAAGCUUUUUAUAUGGCCAUGAUAAUACCACCAUUUUAACUCUUAGCUCCAAAGUUCCUCUGUCAAACCCAGUUGAGACUUCUAGAGCAAAAGAAUCAUACAAAAUGUCAAAGAAAUUAACAUGUAAGAAUGGUGAAGCUGGUUUUGAGUUAACCAAAUGUAUUCCCAUUAAAAAGAAUCAAGAAAUAUGUAUUUUAAAUGAAAGCUCUAAAAAAGCUGAGUUCUUAUCACCUUCUGUGAAGGAACAUUUCAGCCAAAUUCACAAUCCCACAGUAACCCAAAAAGGCCAAGAAGAUACUGCUUUAGUUUCAAAAAUAACUGUCAGUCCAAAUUCUGAAGAACUUUUCCCAGGCAAUGAGAAUAACUUAGUUCCAUCUAGUGAAGGGAAUAUUCCUGUUUUAGAAAAUAGUAAAGAAUUUCAUGAGGCAGCCCUCAGUCAUGUAAAAGAACGCAUUCUCAAGAGCUCUAAUAUGAUAGGUACAGAUAUAGAUGACAAGCAAGCAAUGCAGGUGUUGAUUACAAGAGAUUUUGAUUCAUCAAAUGCAGUCCAUAAUCUUAGAGAGAACAGAAACACUGUAAAGCAACAAUUCAAUAUGACUCUAGUUCAAGAUUUGAAGUCUGACAUCUCCUUGAAUAUAGAUGUAAAAUCAAGUAUGAAUAAUGAUUACAUGAAUAAAGGGGCCGGACUCUCAGAUCCAAUUUCAAAUCAUAAUUUUGGAAAUGGCUUCAAAACAGCUUCUAAUAAAGAGAUAAAACUCUCUGAACACAAUCUUAAGAAAAGUAAAAUGCUCUUCAAAGAUAUUGAAGAACAGCAUCCUAUUAACUUACCUUAUGUUGAGACUAUAAAUCCCUUAUUAGGUAAUCAAAAGAAACAAAGCAAACCUCACGCACUUGAUUUACUGUCAACUAAUAUUGUUUAUGGGUAUGUACAGAGUAAUGUGUUCGUUUCUGAUAGUGAAAAUAAUCACACGUCUCCAGUUUUACCUUUAAAUCAAGAUCUUUAUUCAAACCAUAAUUUAACACCUAGCCAAAAGGCAGAAAUAACUGAACUUUCAACUAUAUUGGAAGAAUCAGGAAGUCAGUUUGAAUUUACACAGUUUAAGAAGCCAAGGCACAUACCACAGAAUAAGCCAUUAGAAAUGCCUGAAAAACAGAUCACUAUCUUGAAUCCCAAUCCAGAGGAAUGGAAAGAUCCUCAUCUGCAGCUCACAGUUAAUGCCCCAAUGACCUGUCAGGUAAACAACAAAUUUGAGGAUAAAGUUGGAGGUAAGCAAAAGUUUGCUUGCUUAUUGAAAACCAACUGCAACAAAAAUACUGUCUAUUUAGCGGAUAAAAAUGAAGUGGAGUUUAGUGGCUUUUAUUCUGCUCUUGGAACAAAACUGAAUGUUUCUAGUGAAGCCCUGCAAAAAGCCAUGAAACUAUUCAGUGACAUUGAGAAUAGUAGUGAGGAAACUUCUGCAGAAGUAGGUCCAGGAAAUUUCACUUCAAGUAAAUGUAUUGAUUCUGUUGUUUCAAUGUGUAAGAUAGAAAAUUAUAACAAUGAGAAAAAUAAUAAAUGCCAAAUAAUAUUACAAAAUAAUACUGAGAUAACUACUGGCCUUUUUGUUGAAGAAAAGACUGAAGAUUACAAAAGCAGUAAAGAAAAUGAAGAUAAUAGAUUUACUGGUGCUAGCAGAAACAUCUGUAACUUAGUAGAAACUGAUGACAAUGAUUCAAGUAAAAAUGAUACAGCUUGUAUUCAGGGAGAGAAAAAUGGCUUGCCGUUUAUUGAUCACAACAUAUGCGAAAAAUUAUCCAGCCAGUUUAUGAAAGAGGGAAACACUCUAAUUAAAGAAGGUUUAUCAGAUUUAACUUGUUUGGAAGUUGUGAAAGCUGAAGAAACAUUUCAUGUUAAUGCUUCAAAUAAAGAAGUAUUAACUGCUAAUAAGAUGGGGCAAAAUAUAAAAUAUUUUGACACUUUUGAUUUAUCCUUUCAGACUGCAAGUGGGAAAAAUAUCAAAAUAUCCAAAGAGUCACUAAAUAAAGUUGUAAAUUUCUUUCAUGAAAAAUGUACAGAAAAAGAAUUGAACAGCUUUUCAGACUCCAUGAAUUCUGAAUUAUUUUUUGACAUGAACAAAGUAGACAUUUCAAGUCAUGAAGAAACAGAUAUGGUUAAAGAUAAAAUAUUGAAAGAAAAUGACCCCAUUGGUGCUGAAAAUCAAUUACUGACUCUCCAGCAACUACCAGAAUAUGAAAUUGAAAAGAUCAAAAACUCUACUAUGUUGUGUUUCCAUACUGCUAGUGGGAAAAAAGUGAAAAUUGCAAAGGACUCUUUGGACAAAGUGAGACAUAUUUUUGACGAAGAAAAACAGAGCAGUAGUAGUAAAAUCAAUAAUGUUAGUCAUCAAGGAACAAAGAUACUAAAGGACAGAGUGGUAUGUAAAGAAGGGCUUGAAUUAACAUGUGAGACAGGUGAAAUAACUGUUCCAAAAUAUGAAGAAAUGCAGCAAUCUCUAGAAGAGAAAAAAAUUGUUUCUAAUCAGAUUGUCAUGCUACCCAGACUUUUAAAUGAUAAUUUAUAUAGACAAACUGGAAAUAACAAAAUAUCAAAUAGUAUCUCUCUAAAUGUUAAAGUACCUGAAAAUAAAGAAAAAGAAACAGCAAAAAGUCCUAUAACUUAUACAAAUCAAUCAACUUCAGCCAUUGGAAAUUCAGCUUUUGCAUUUUGCACUGGACAUGGUAAAAAAAUUUCUGUGAGUCAGGCAUCACUAUUUGAAGCAAAAAAAUGGCUUAGAGAAGGAGAAUUCAAUAAACCAGAAAAAAUAAAUGUUACCAAUAUUAUGUGUUUAAAAGAAUAUCCUGAGGAUUAUGUAGAAAAUCCUUCAAAUGGAAAUAGUUCAAAUAAUAUCUUCAUUGAAAAUGACGAAAGUCAUCUCUCUCCAAAACGACAUACAACUUAUUUAAGUAACAGAAGCACAUCUGACAGCUGUGGGUCUCAUUCUGAUUUUUGUCAUUCUAAUGAUAUAUAUGAUAAAUCAGAAAAGCUCUCAAAAAAUAAAAUUAAUAAAUCUGAUAUUGAACCAAAAGUCAAGGAUGUCAAAGACAGAAAAAACACUAGUUCUUCUGAAGUAACAGCUACCAUAAGAGGAGAAAACACAUGCCCACAAACUGAAGAUAUUUGUGUUCAGAAACCUGUGAGUAAAUCUUCACCAUGCAAAAAUAAAAAUACAGCCAAUAAAUUGUCCAUAUAUGAUUCAGAUAACUUUGAGGAAGGGCCACCUGCAUUCUGUACAAGUGCUAAAUUAGACUUUGUUUCACAUGAAGCAAGAAGAGAAAGAUUGACAUUAGGCAAAACAUUGAGUAAUUGCAGUGCGGUAAAUAAGCAAAGUAUUAAGAAUAAAUCGGGCACUUGCCAAGCAAAAAUUGUGUCAGGUUAUCAGAAGGCAUUGAAUGAUUCAGAGGAUAGUAUUCCCAACUCUCAGGAUGGUAAAGAAUAUAGUAUGCAUUCACAAGUUUCUCCUGACAUUCAAAGUGAACAAAUGUUACAAAAUGACCAAAGUAUGUCUGGAUCAGAGAAUGUUUCUGGAAAAAUACCAUGUCAGAUUAAUAUGAAAACUUUUGAUACAUGUAAAUUUAAUAUGGAAAAGCUUCCCAAAACAGUCUCUGCUGCAAAUACAUGUGGGAUUUUUAGCACAGCAAGUGGAAAAUCUGUACAAUUAUCAGAUGCUGCACUACAAAAGGCAAGACAGGUGUUCUCUAAGAUAGAAGAUAAUACCAAUCCACACUUUUCCAAAGUAUCUUACAAAAAUGAACAUUCAGAUAAACUCACAAAGGAAAAAAAUGCUAUGGUAUAUACUCCUUCAGAAUUACCUGCUUUCUCUGGAUUUAGUACAGCAAGUGGAAAACAGGUUUCAGUUUCUGAAAGUGCCUUAAACAAAGUUAAGGGAAUGUUAGAGGAAUUUGAUUUAAUCAGAACCAAAUAUAUUCUUCAGCAUUCACCUCCAUCUAAACAAGAUGCAUCAGAGAUACUUCCUCUCCCCCAUAUUGAUAAGAGUACCCCAAAGCACUCUGUAAACUUGAAAAUGGAAAACACCUACAAUAAAGAACUUAAAGUAUCAAAUAACGGUACUAUUGAAUGUGAUUCUUCAGAAAAUAAUCACUCUAUUAAAGUUUCUCCAUAUGUCUCUCAGUUUAAGCAAGACAAACAACAGUUGUUAAUAGGAACCAAAGUAUCACUUGUUGGGAACCACCAGCUUUUGGGAAAAGAACAAGCUUUACCUGCAAAAACAGAAAUGGAAAUUGGUAAAACUGAAACUUUAUCUAAUCUCCCGAUGAAAGCAAAUAAAGAAGCUUGUUCUACUUACUCCAAACAUCCAGAAAACUAUUUUGAUAGAGAAGCGGUAGAGAUUGCCAAAGCUUUUAUGGAAGAUGGUGACUUGACAGAUUCUGAACUAAGUCAUGCCAAACACUCACUUUUUUCAUGCCUAAAAAACAAGGAAGCAGUUUUAUUAAAUUCAAGAAUUGGGAAAAGAAGGGGAGACUCAUUUGGCUCAGUUGGAGAACCCCCAAUCAAAAGAAACUUGUUAAAUGAAUUUGACAGAAUAAUGGAAAAUCAAGAAAAAUCUUUAAUGGCUUCAAAAACCACUCCAGAUGGGACAAUAAAAGAUAGAAGACUAUUUAUGCAUCACAUUUCUUUAGAGCCAAUUACCUGUGGACCCUAUUGCACAGCUAAGAAACGGCCAGAAAUACAGCGUCCAAAUUUUGCCGCACCUUGUCAGGAAUUUCUUUCUAAAUCUCAUUUUUAUACACAUCUGACUUUGGAAAAAUCUUCAAGCAAUUUACCAAUUUCAGAACAGCCUUAUGAAGUUUCUGUCACAAGAAAUGAAAAAAGGAAACACUCAAUUACUACAGGCAAACUCAUGAAAGUAUUUGUUCCACCUUUUAAAACUAAAUCACAGUUUCACAGAACUGAACAGUUUGUUAGCAGGAUUACUAAAUUGGAGGAAAAUAAAUACAAACCAAAAAACACAGAUGAACGUUGCUCUGGUGAUAGUGAAAAUAUUAUUGACAGUGAAAUUCAUCAAUGGAACAAAAAUAACACUAGUCAAGCAGCAACUACAGUUUUCACUGAGAGUGAAGAGACUUUAGAUUUAACUUCAACUCUUCAGAAUGCCAGAGAUAUACAGGACUUACGAAUUAAAAAGAAACAAAGACAAUGUAUUUUUCCACAACCAGGCAGUCUGUAUCUUGCAAAAACAUCCUCUAUGACUAGAAUCUCUCUGAAAGUAGCAGUAGGAGGCCAACUUCCCUCUGCAUUUUCUCAUAAACAGCUAUAUAUGUUUGGUAUUUCUAAACAUUGUGUAAGAAUUAACAGCAAAAAUGCAGAGUCUUUUCAGUUUCACACGCAGGAUUAUUUUGGUAAGGAAAGUUUAUGGACUGAAAAGGGCAUACAGUUGGCUGAUGGUGGAUUCCUCAUACCCUCCAAUGAUGGAAAGGCUGGCAAAGAAGAAUUUUAUAGUGCUCUGUGUGACACCCCAGGUGUGGAUCCAAAGCUUAUUUCACGAGUUUGGGUCUAUAAUCACUAUAGAUGGAUUAUAUGGAAACUGGCAGCUAUGGAAUUUGCCUUUCCUAAGCAAUUUGCUAAUAGAUGCCUAAACCCUGAGAGAGUGCUGCUUCAACUAAAAUACAGAUAUGAUACGGAAAUUGAUAGAAGCAGAAGAUCAGCUAUAAAAAAGAUAAUGGAAAGGGAUGACACCGCUGCAAAAACACUUGUUCUCUGUAUUUCUGAAAUAAUUUCAUCAAGCACAAAUAUAUCUGUACCUUCUUGCAGUAAAACUAGUAUUGUGGAUACCAAAAAAGGGAACAUUAUUGAACUUACAGAUGGAUGGUAUGCUAUCAAGGCCCAGUUAGACCCUCCCCUCUUAGCUCUCUUAAACAAUGGUAGACUGACUGUGGGUCAGAAGAUCAUUAUCCAUGGAGCAGAACUGGUGGGCUCUCCUGAUGCCUGUUCACCUCUUGAAGCCCCAGAAACUGUUAUGUUAAAGAUUUCUGCUAACAGUACUCGGCCUGCUUGCUGGUAUGCCAAACUUGGAUUCUCUCCUGAUCCAAGACCUUUUCCUCUCCCCUUGUCAUCACUUUUCAGUGAUGGAGGAAAUGUUGGUUGUGUUGAUGUAAUUAUUCAAAGAGCAUACCCUAUACAGUGGUUGGAGAAGACAUCAUGUGGAUUAUACAUACUACGAAAUGAAAGAGAAGAGGAAAAGGAGGCCACAAAAUAUGCAGAAGCCCAACAAAUGAAACUAGAAGCCUUAUUCACCAAAAUUCAAGCAGAAUUUGAAGAGCAUGAAGAAAAUAUAAGAAAACAGUGUAUACCAUCAUGUGCACUAACGAGACAGCAAAUCUGUGCUCUGCAAGAUGGUGCAGAAAUUUAUGAAGCAGUCAAGAAUGCCCCAGAUCCAAGUGACCUUGAGGAUUAUUUUAGUGAGGAGCAGUUAAGAGCCUUGAAUAAUCACAGACAGAUGUUGAAUGAUAAGAAGCAAGCACAGAUCCAGUUGGAAUUCAGGAAGGCUAUGGAAUCUGCUGAACAAGGGGAACAAAUUUUAUCAAGGGAUGUUAAAACUGUGUGGAAGUUACGUAUCAUAAGCUAUGAAAAAAAAGAAAAAUAUUCAGUUAUAUUGAAUAUCUGGCGUCCAUCAUCAGAUUUACGCUCCCUGUUAACAGAAGGAAAAAGGUACAGAAUCUACCAUCUUGCAACAUCAAAAUCUAAAAGUAAAUCUGAAAGAGCUAACAUACAGUUAACAGCAACAAAAAAGACUCAGUAUCAAGAACUACCGGCUUCAGAUGAAUUUCUACUCCAAGUUUAUCAGCCCAGAGAGUCCCUUCACUUCAACAAAUUAUUAGAUGCAGACUUCCAACCACCUUGUUCUGAGGUUGACCUAGUAGGAUUUGUCAUUUCUGUUGUGAAAAAAAUAGGUCUCGCUCCUUUGGUCUACUUGUCAGAUGAAUGCCAUAAUUUUUUGGCAGUAAAGUUUUGGAUAGAUCUUAAUGAAGACAUUAUGAACCCUCACAUGUUAAUUGCUGCAAGCAACCUCCAGUGGCGACCAGAAUGCAAAUCAGAAAUUCCUAUUCUAUUUGCUGGGGAUUUUUCCAUGUUUUCUGCCAGUCCAAAGGAAGGACAUUUUCAAGAGAAAUUCCAUGAAAUGAAAAAGACUAUUGAGAAUAUUGAAGUAUUUUGCAAUGAUGCAGAAAACAAGCUUAUGCGUAUACUUAAUGCAAAUGAUCCCAAGUUUUCCACCCCGACUAAAAACUGUACUUCAGAGCCACAUACUACUGAAACAGUCCUUGGAACAGGAAGUAAGUUUCUGGUGUCUCCUACCAAUAGGGAGUUGAUUUAUCGAACUCCAGUAUCCCUUUGUAAGCCAAAAGGAAAGUCUGUUUCCACACCUGUAUUAGCCCAAAUUACUUCAAAAGAAGAAAAAGAGAUUGAUGACCCCAAAAACUGCAAAAAGAGAAGAGCCUUGGAUUUCUUAAGUAGAGUGCCUUUACCUCCACCUGUUAGUCCCAUUUGUACAUUUGUUUCUCCAGCUGCACAGAAGGCAUUUCAGCCGCCACGGAGUUGUGGCACCAAAUAUGAAACACCUAUAAAGAAAAAAGAAUUGAAUUCUCCUCAGCUGACUCCACUUAAAAAAUUUAAUGACAUUUCUCUUUUAGAAAGUGAUUCAAUAGCUGAUGAAGAACUUGCAUUGAUAAAUACCCAAGCCCUUUUGUCUGGUUCAGGAGGAGAAAAUCAACUUAUUAGCGAAUCCACUAGGACUGCUCCCACUAGUUCAAAAGAUUUUCUUGGACCAAAAAGACAUUAUACUAAAUUGGUGAUCAAAGAACAGGAGAAUUCCCAAGCCAUUACUGAAGAACAUGAGACUAAUAUGCAGGACGUGAGUACAAUAAAAAAUAUUUCCAAGAGAUUGCAAAGGCGACAAAAACGAAAAUGACACUAAGCUAUUAACUCUUAACCUUUCCAGUUUGUAAAAUAUAUAAUUUCAAAUUACAUAUCAGCAUUUGUUUACUAAGAAAUGGAAGCUUUUCCAGAUUUAUGUCAGUGCUUGUAUACCAUUAGAAUGUUCUUUGUCUGCUUCUAUAGUGAUACUUUUAUUUCAUUUAUGUCUUAAAACUGUGUAUUUAUUAACUAAUCAAGAAAAAAUUAUGACUGGAUUUGAUUACUAUAAUAUUUUACAAACAAAAAGGAAACAUACCUCUUUUUUAGAAUUGUGUCCUUAAUUAAAUGAACUACAUUUAAAAGUACAGGCAUUUUGGCUUAAUUCCUUUUAGCUUAGUUCACAUUUUAGGUUUUGUGUGUGUUGGUUUUUUUAAGAGGUAACCCACUAUGAAUCAGUUUUCCUAAUGCACUCAUUGGUUCACUAGUUCCAUCCUAAUCAAAAGUCAAGUUGAGUGAGACAUUACAGGGGUGUUUUCUUUUCACCAAUUCUUCAUCCUUAAGUCAGCAUGACUACAAGGAAAAUAGAACCUUCAAUUAAUUCUUUUUAUGGCAUCCAAUAUGAUCUCGUAAACUGUUUCAGUUAAAAAUUUAAAUAUUUUAAAUCAGAAGCAGAUUUCAUAGUGGUUUUUUUUUUAAAAAAAAACUACAGGAUUAUCUGGACCACAACUUGAAGAGAAAAUCUUUCUUUUAAAUUGACAAUGAUUCUAUAUAUAUGUUUUGUUUUUUAACGCUAUCACAGAGCUCAGCAAGUACUCUAUUUUAAACUUACUCUUUUCUAACCACCAGAGCAGAAGAUAAUAGUUUAAUUUAUGAUAUUCUUAUUCGUUACUUUCUUACGUUUGAGAAGAGAAAGCAAUUCUAAUGAGCUAAUAGCAUGGGGAAGCUCAUAGAUCAGGUUUUUGAUAUGCCUUAAAUUUAUACAUUUUCAAAUCUAAAUAUAAACAUAUUUCAAAGUCAGGAAUAAAUCCUUUU